AUGGAUAUCUCACACAGUGUGGGCCCCAUUCUCUUGGGCGCCAUAUUCAACUCGCUGCUCUUGGGCGUCAUGAUUGUCCAAUGUCAAACUUAUUAUACCCAUUUUCCGUGUGACCACACGAGGCUAAAGUUCUUGGUUACUUACCUGCUAAUUAUGAACUUGUUCAACACUGGGUUCGAUAUCGCAUUAGCAUGGCAUUAUUCUGUAAAUUUGUUCGGAAACUUCUCAGCUGUUGAAAAUUCAAUGUGGCUCUAUACGAUCGGUAGGUACAAAGCUGCUAGGCUAAUCGGAACUAACGCCGGGGUGUCUACGGACAGAGCCGGUGAUGACUGUCAUGAUUUCGACAGUGGUUCAAGUAUUUUACGCGUGGAGUAUAAGUCGAAUCUCCGGUUGGGUGCUGGGGUGGGGGGAUCUAUCGGUAGUUCAUUGGUCACAGACUUCAAAUUGUUUUAUAGGUUCAGAGCGUCAGUGAUAGUUUGGCUGAGUUUGUCCACAAUAACGGAUAGCACAAUCUCGGUGAUACUGGCAUCAUACUUGCAUAAGCGUCGUACAGGGUUCUCAGCUACGGAUCACCUUAUAUCUCGACUGAUACGACUGGUCAUACAAACUGGCCUCAUAACGACAAUAUGCGCCGUUGCUGACCUGGUUACUUUUCUUUGCCUGAAUGACAAUCUACAUAUUUUCUUUCAGCUGAUCUUGUGCAAAGCUUACACGAACACUCUACUAUCAACACUCAACUCCCGCACCAAAGAAGAUGUAGCCGAACCGCGAACGGUCGAAGCCCAUAGGGCUGUCGUAGUAGCUCGGGGUCAUGGGCUUGAGGCCAAGGUGGAAAAUGUAGAAUACAAUAUACAGAGAGUGAAGGACCGCAUUGCUAGCCUGGAACCAGGAACUGUUGAUCUACUAUGCCUCCCUGAGAUGACUUUUACAGGUUAUAUCUUUCCCACCGCCGAGUCUAUCACGCCGUUUGUGGAAUAUCCAGACAAGAGUCCUUCGAGACAGGCAUGCGCCGAGAUAGCACAACGCUUAAAAUGCUACGUUGCCGUUGGUUAUCCGGCACCAAGUUUAACACCACAGGAAAGCAAGGAGCAAGCAGGAACUGAUGCUUCAGACCCGGCUGGAGAGACAAAAAAAUCCGAGGGUGUGGCGAGGAAUAAUGCCAUCGUUGUGGACCCAAGUGGGCAAAUCAUACACGAGUAUACCAAGACGAACAUGUUCGAAACUGACCUACCAUGGGCUCAACCUGGCAAUGGGUUCACUACCUUCACGACUUCACUGAAGACUCUGGGUACAGUUUCCCUCGCUAUAUGCAUGGACCUCAACCCACAUCCACCAAACGUCUGGUCAUCUGCGGAAGGCCCGUACGAGUUAGCCGACUACUGCAUCGAACGGAACGUCCAAACCCUGAUCUUGCUCUGCGCCUGGCUCGAUUCCGGUGCUUCCCCUGAGGAUACUCAGUUCGAUGCUCAAACUAUUAGCUACUGGAUUGCCAGGCUGAGGCCAUUGUGGCACUUAGGAUCGGACAAGUAUACCGUCAUUAUAUGCAAUCGAACGGGCACAGAGCGAGGCAGCAAGUUCGCAGGAUCUUCCACAGUGUUGCGUAGCCAAACUGACAAGCAUUUGCCAAAAAUCUUGACAGUGAUGGGGAGAGAAGAAGAGGCGGUACGGGUGGUGGAUAUAUCAGAAUGA